AAAUAAAAGGAUAAAGGUACUCUCUUUCUUCAUAGGAUCCCCAAAUCUAUGGUUCUUAAAUUUGGCUUCUAAAUCAUUUGAGUCAGUCUUAGUUCAGGCGAAAGAAGUCCUACUCUUCCUAAUUGGAUUUGCAGCAUGGAGAGCAUUAAUAACUUUUGGCAGUUGGGAGAUGACCUCCGGGGACAGUCGAAAGUUGCAGAGGAUCACAAAUGGUUGAUGGCGGCAUCAAAGUUGGCUGAACAGACGAGGACAAAGGGUGAGCGGAUGAACAAUCUAGAUCUUUCAAAGGGACCAGCUGAAAUGAGGAUAAGGGAUAAAUUUGGGUUCCAAGAAGAAAACAAAUUUGAGAACCUUAACUUUAAUAUGUUGAACCUGAACUCCAAGAUUGGAGAUAACGUAAGCAACAGUUCCUUCCAAAAUGGUAUUUACAAUACGAAUGCUGUUUACCAGAAAAACAACAGCAACAGCCUUGGAAACCUGGCCGGCAACAAAUAUUUGGGCAACAAUCAUACCAACAAAAACAUCAAUUAUAAUAGCAUCGCCAACAAUAGCAACAGCAAUGCUAACAAUGCUGUUGAUAAAAGAUUCAGGACUUUGUCUGCUUCCGAGACACUCCCGAGAAAUGAAGUGCUUGGAGGUUACAUCUUUGUUUGUAACAAUGAUACAAUGCAGGAAGAUUUAAAGCGCCAGUUGUUUGGUUUACCACCAAGAUACAGGGAUUCUGUUCGGGCAAUUACACCUGGCUUGCCUCUCUUUCUCUAUAACUACACUACUCAUCAAUUGCAUGGUAUUUUGAGGUUGGCAGCAAGCUUUGGGGGUUCUAACAUUGAUCCAACUGCUUGGGAAGACAAAAAGUGUAAAGGCGAGUCAAGGUUUCCUUCUCAGGUGAGAAUCCGUAUUAGGAAACUCUGCAAAGCAUUGGAAGAGGAUGCUUUUAGGCCAGUUUUGCACCACUAUGAUGGUCCUAAGUUUCGUCUAGAGCUCUCAGUUCCUGAGACUUUGGAUCUAUUAGACCUUUGCGAACAAGAAGGCUCUCCAUAAGCGAAAUGUUAGCUGAGUGCAACUGUAGUAGGGUUUGUGGUGCAAAUCAGCUGUCCGCUUUUCAAGGACUUUCCAUAGAGCGCUCUAGCUGUAGGCGUAAGUGAGAAAUGACAUUGGCCAGUUGAAUAAAAAUGCAUUAGUGCUUUGUAAAACCAUUUUGCAUUAUAAUCUAUGAAUCAAAAACCCUCUAGAUAGAAUUGUAAGAUGUGGUAGAGAAUGAUAUGAUUAUGUGUAAUGUUAGAAGUCAAUAAAUGAAGGCCUUGAUACUCGUUUGUGCU